CGCAGCCGGACCCAGUCCUAUCCGGCAACCGAUUCCAACCAAACCCCUCCCCCAUCCAAUCCCGACCCCAAACCCAGCCCAGCCAUGGCCGAGGUCGACGACCACCACCCCCUCGCCGCCGCGGCCUCCUCCUCCGCCGGCGACGACGACGAGGGCACGGACACCGACGCGUCCAACUCCGACCUCGCCAACCAGCAGGACCCUCCAACCCUCACCGACGCGACCUCGGCCCCGCCUCCCACUCCAGCGGCGGCGGCCGCCUCCGCCCCCGAGCCCUCCGGCGCGGUUCCGCCGCCGCCGCCUCAGACGCAGGGCGCGGGCGCCGCGGAGGACUCGCGGCGGCUGUUCCAGCGGCUGUGGACGGACGAGGAGGAGCUCCUCAUCCUGCGCGGCUUCCUCGACUUCACGGCGCGCCGGGGCACCACGUUCGCGUCGCACCAGUACGACACGGGGCCCUUCUACGAGGAGAUCCGCCGCCGCCUCUCCUUCGAUUUCACCAAGAGCCAGCUCAUCGAGAAGCUGCGCCGCCUCAAGAAGAAGUACCGCGUCUGCGCCGCCCGCGUGGCGGCGCAGGGCGCCGCGUUCGCGUUCCGGAGCGCGCACGAGGGCGCCAUCUACGACGUCGCGCGCCACAUCUGGCGCCCCGCGUUCAGGCGCGGCGAGGGCGCCAGCGCCGGCGACGCCUCCGACGAGGACGACAUCAACCCCGCCGCCGCAUUGCCUAACGCGAUGGAGGAUGGCGGCGGCGGGAGCGCGUUCGCGCCCACGCCGAGGGGCAGGGGAGGCCGCCGCGUGCGGAGGAGGACGGCGCAAGAGCUGGAGGCGCCAGCAUUGCCUUCCACGUCCGCUCUGAUGUUGAACGACGUGGCUCAGGAGCCGCUUGUUGUCUCUGUCGAGAAUUCGGCGCCGGCAUUUGCACCGCCGCAUCCGGUGCAACUGCCGAUUGUCUCACCAGUGGUGGCGACACCUUCGCCCAUGCCAGCUAAUGGCGGUGGCGCCACUGAGGAGGUUGUCCGGACUAUUCUCUCACCAUUACUGAAGGAGUUCAUCAGCUCUGUCGCUGCGGCUGGGCAGGCUGGACUCGGAUUGGGGUUAGGCAUGGGAUUUGGCGGCAUUGGUGGCUUCGACAUUCUUGCUCUUGGUUUCGGGACUGCCGGCCCGAACCCUGGGAUGACCGGUGAUGAGAAAUGGAAGCAGCAGCAGAUUCUGGAGCUUGAGGUUUAUCUCAAGAGGAUUGAGCUUGUCCGGGAGCAGGUGACCGCUGCUCUACAAGAGCUCAGGUCAUCUGAAGGUUGAUUGGCUAUCUUCUUCCAUGGAUGUUCUCAUCAGAGCCAGAGCCCCGUAGAUUACAUUAUUUUCUCAGGAACAGAGAGAUUGUUUAUCAAAGAUACAGAGUUGCUCGCUAUAAAACAUAUUCUAAUUGUACUUGAUUUUAAGUUAGGUGCUUGUAGUUGUCAUAAGAUUAGAGGCUGGAAACAUUGAUUUGUAGAUGGAACGAUGAUGAAUUGUUUACCUGCUACUCACCACUUCAUUGUCAGACAUGUUUAUUCCCACAUUUGAUAGAAUAGAAUGCAGUGAAUAGUUGACAUGAUAA